AUGCGUGAGGUUAUCAGCAUCAACGUCGGCCAGGCCGGUUGCCAGAUUGCCAACUCUUGCUGGGAGCUCUACUGCCUCGAGCACGGUAUCCAGCCCGAUGGCUACCUCACCGAGGAGCGCAAGGCCCAGGAGCCCGACCAGGGCUUCAGCACUUUCUUCUCCGAGACUGGCCAGGGCAAGUACGUCCCCCGCGCCAUUUACUGCGAUCUUGAGCCCAAUGUCGUCGAUGAGGUCCGCACCGGUCCCUACCGCAACCUCUUCCACCCGGAGAUGAUGAUCACCGGCAAGGAGGAUGCUUCCAACAACUACGCCCGUGGCCACUACACCGUCGGCAAGGAGCUCAUCGAGGGCGUCCUCGACAAGAUCCGCCGCGUCGCCGACAACUGCGUUGGUCUCCAGGGCUUCCUCGUCUUCCACUCCUUCGGUGGCGGUACCGGCUCUGGUUUUGGUGCUCUCCUCAUGGAGCGUCUCUCCGUCGACUACGGCAAGAAGAGCAAGCUGGAGUUCUGCGUCUACCCUGCCCCUCAGACCGCCACGUCCGUUGUCGAGCCCUACAACUCCAUCCUGACCACCCACACCACCCUCGAGCACUCUGACUGCUCCUUCAUGGUGGACAACGAGGCCAUUUACGACAUUUGCCGCCGCAACCUGGGCCUUGAGCGCCCCAACUACGAGAACCUGAACCGCCUGAUUGCUCAGGUCGUUUCGUCCAUCACUGCUUCUCUCCGGUUCGACGGCUCCCUCAACGUCGACCUGAACGAGUUCCAGACCAACCUGGUUCCCUACCCCCGUAUCCACUUCCCUCUGGUUGCGUAUGCGCCCGUCGUCUCUGCCGCCAAGGCCGCCCACGAGGCCAACUCGGUCCAGGAGAUGACCAUGUCCUGCUUCGAGCCCAACAACCAGAUGGUCAAGUGCGACCCCCGUCACGGCAAGUACAUGGCUACCUGCCUGCUGUACCGCGGCGACGUGGUCCCCAACGACGCCCACGCUGCCGUUGCCACCCUCAAGACCAAGCGCACCAUCCAGUUCGUCGACUGGUGCCCCACUGGCUUCAAGCUCGGUAUCUGCUACCAGGCUCCCGAGAACGUGCCCAACGGCGACCUCGCCAAGGUCAACCGCGCCGUCUGCAUGCUUUCCAACACGACCGCCAUCGCCGAGGCCUGGAGCUCUCUGUCUAUGAAGUUCGAUCUCAUGCACUCCAAGCGCGCGUUCGUGCACUGGUAUGUUGGUGAGGGUAUGGAGGAGGGCGAGUUCUCCGAGGCUCGUGAGGAUCUGGCUGCUCUGGAGCGCGACUACGAGGAGGUUGCCGCCGACUCGAUGGGCGAUGAGGAGCUUGAGGCCGAGUACUAA